AUAGCGCAAGACGGCUUGUGGAGUGUCAUUGUUGUACGAAAAUUUGAACAGAAACCAGGUAUAUUAUGUGGGUGUUGAAGCUGUCCAUGAUGUUGCUGACUCUCUGAAAUAGAACCAGUAAACAUCAGCAAAUAUGAAAGCAAAUAUAAUAUUUUGCCUUCUGGCGCCUCUGGUAGCCGCUCUCCCGGCCGAAUUCAUUCGAUUGGAGCCUGAACUUGCCGCACGCCGCGUUAAUAUUACUGAGAGAAUGGCUGAUUUAGAGGAUCGACAAGCCUCCGUGAGCAUUGAUCAGCUCUUCAAAAGGAAAGGCAAAGUUUAUUUUGGAACUGCAACUGACCGUGGCUUACUCCAACGAGAACGAAAUGCAGCCAUUAUCCAGGCUAAUCUUGGACAAGUGACGCCAGAGAAUAGCAUGAAAUGGCAGUCACUUGAGCCUAACCAAGGCCAGUAUAAUUGGGGAGAUGCAGAUUACCUUGUUAACUUCGCCCAACAAAACGGCAAGACGAUACGUGGACAUACUCUGAUUUGGCACUCACAACUACCUAAUUGGGUCAAUAACAUCAAUAAUGCAGAUACUUUGCGCCAGGCUAUCCGUACUCAUGUUCUCACUGUUGUUGGAAGAUAUAAAGGAAAGAUUCGCGCUUGGGAUGUAGUAAACGAGAUCUUCAACGAGGAUGGAACACUACGCUCUUCUGUGUUUUCUAGACUGCUAGGCGAAGAGUUUGUCUCGAUUGCUUUCCGUGCUGCUCGAGAAGCUGAUCCGUCUGCUCGUCUCUACAUCAACGAUUACAAUCUCGAUGUUGCCGGGUCUAGUAAAGUCAACUUGAUGAGAUACUAUGUGGAUAAAUGGAUCUCUCAAGGAGUUCCCAUUGACGGCAUCGGAACUCAAACCCACAUCGGUGCUGGAGGAGGUGCCUCUGUACAAGGUGCACUUCAGCAGCUAGCUACAGCACCAGUCACUGAAUUGGCCAUUACUGAACUUGACAUCGUGGGCGCACCGUCGAACGAUUACAGCGCAGUUGUUCGAGGAUGUUUGAACGUUCCUAAGUGCUUGGGGAUCACUGUGUGGGGUAUUAGCGACAAAGACUCGUGGCGUUCAGGCUCCAGUCCCCUUCUAUUCGACAGCAACUUCAAUCCUAAAGCAGCUUACAACAGUAUUGUAAGCAUUUUACAAUAAACUCUCUGCAUAUGGUGAAGGGAAAAGCGUGCCUCAGAAGAUCGAAAUAUAAAAAGGAUUACCUCAGAUGCGGAAUACCAGUUCCAUUGUAAAUGCUUAGAAAUAUACAUGAGCUACAGGUCUACACUUGUACCUUCGAGAUGACAUAUUCUUAUAUUGCUUCCAAUUUCUCGGCUC